AUGGGUAGUGCAACAGCUCAGAAAAGAAUAGCAGUGAAUCCUGCUUACUUCAAACCUGCACCUUCGGAGAUCGCAUUUGGUCGCAUGCGUUUCCUUAUCACAGAUCGCCCUAAUGAUAACUCCAUCAACAGUUUCAUUGAAGAGCUUGAUAAGCAUUCUGCUAAAUCUGUGGUCAGAGUAUGCGAGCCUACUUAUGAAACUACACCCCUCACUGAACAUGGUAUUAAUGUUUUGGAUUGGGAGUUUUCCGAUGGUAGCCCUCCGCCCAAGGAGGUUAUCCGAGAUUGGCUUGAUCUUGUCAGGGCCUCUUUCAAAGAUACAAACAAUCCGGAGCAGUGCAUAGCCGUCCAUUGUGUAGCCGGUCUGGGAAGAGCUCCCGUUCUCGUUGCUCUAGCUUUAAUCGAAGCUGGAAUGAAAUAUGAAGAUGCUGUAGAUCUCAUAAGAAGACAUCGACGAGGAGCUCUAAAUCAAAGGCAAUUGACCUUCCUAGAAAAGUACAAACCCACUGGGGAAUUACGUAAGCUUCGGUACUCAAUUGAUGGCAAGCCUAAAGCUUGUUGCAUUAUGUGA